AUGAUUUUGUUAAUAAUUAGUAGCUCAUUGAUAAUAUUUAUUUCUUGGUUAUUAUGGACAAUAUGGAGUCGAAUAAAGACUUGUGAUAAAAAACGAGUGUGUAUUGUUGUAUUGGGUGAUAUUGGACGUAGUCCACGAAUGCAAUACCAUGCCUUAUCAUUUAUGAAUGAAGGGUAUUUCGUUGAUAUUGUAGGAUAUUCUGGUUCUGAACCAUUAGAAGAAUUAAAAAAUAGUCCUAAUGUUAAUAUUCAUUAUUUAACAGAUGUACCAGAAUGGAAUAAUCAAAUUCCGAGAUUACUAUCAUAUAUUAUAAAAACAUUAUGGCAAUCAGUCCAUUUGACGAGGAUAUUAUUCACCAAAAUUCAAUCAAGUUAUUUAAUGGUACAAAAUCCUCCUGCUAUUCCAACAAUACCAAUCUGCUGGUGUUAUUGCCGUAUUUUUCAAAUACAGUUUAUAAUAGAUUGGCAUAAUUAUGCUUACUCGAUAAUGGCUUUAACAAUUGGAAGAGAACAUCUACUUGUAAAAAUAACAAUGUUUAUUGAAUCGUUUUUUGGUAAACGAGCUGACAAAAAUUUUUGCGUUACCAAUGCUAUGAAAAAUGAUUUAAAUUCCAGAUGGAGUAUAGAAGCUACAGUAUUGUAUGACAGGCCACCGUUGGCAUUUAAGCCAAUCGAUUUAUCUGAAAAACAUUCCUUGUUAAUUAGAUUAAGUAAAACUUAUGAAGAGUUUAGUAAUGGUGAAGAAGACUCGUCUGCAUUAACAGAAUGUUUAGCUAAUGGAGAAAUUCAACUCAGAAAACAGCGACCAGCAUUAAUUGUAUCUAGUACAAGUUGGACUGAAGAUGAAGAUUUUUCUGUGUUAUUUACUGCUUUAAAAGAGUAUGAAUUGGCCUGCUGCAAUGAAAAUUCUAUGCUACCAAACUUAAUUUGUGCAAUUACUGGUAAAGGUCCUUUGAAGGAUUUCUGGACAGCUAUCAUAAAGUUUAAACAAUGGAAACAUGUUAAAAUUAUCACACCUUGGUUAUCAAACGAAGAUUAUCCUAAGUUAUUAGCAAGUGCAGAUUUAGGAAUAUGUCUGCAUACAUCAUCAAGUGGAUUAGAUUUACCAAUGAAAGUUGUCGAUAUGUUUGGAUGUGGGUUACCCGUUUGCGCGUUAAAUUUUAAUUGUCUUGAUGAGCUGGUAAGACAUGAAGAGAACAGUUUAGUAUUUUCAAAUGAUCAAGAAUUGUCAAGUCAAUUAAAAACAUGGUUCUUCAAUUUUCCAAAUAAUCAACAGCAAAUAGAAAAAUAUAAAAAGUUUCGUCAGAAAUUGGAAAAUUUUCAAAAUCUUCGAUGGGCUGGUAAUUGGAGAAAUGUAGCGUUACCUUGCUUUGAUUGA